AUGGUAUAUACAUUAGUCUAUUUGAUUUCUCCCCUCCCCCUUUUUUUCAGGAGUUAUUGUGUACAUAUGCAUGCAGGUACAUAUGGUAAUUGGGCGUUGAGGAUGGAUUUCGUUGAGAGUGAGAAAAUGCAGACCCGCGUUAGUCUAUCUAAUAUUAUUAUUUUAUCCUCAUGUACAUGUGCAUGCAUGUACAUAUGGUAAUUGGGAAUCGAGACUGGGUUUCGUUGAGAGAGCGUGAAAUUGCAGACCCACGUUAGUCUAUCUGCUAUAUAUGAUUUCUUAAUUUUCGCAUGUACAUGUAUGCAUGUGCAGAUGGAGAAUCGGUAUUC